CAAAAAACCUACACAGCAACAGACACACACACAUACACAAACACAAAAUGGGCAAAGAUUAUUACAAAAUAUUGGGCAUACCCAAAACUGCCACCGACGAAGAAAUCAAAAAAGCCUACAGGAAAUUAGCGUUACGCUAUCAUCCGGACAAAAAUAAAGCAGCAAAUGCAGAAGAAAAGUUCAAAGAGGUCGCCGAAGCCUAUGAAGUCCUAUCGGAUAAAAGUAAACGUGAAGUUUACGAUAAAUAUGGUGAAGAUGGGCUCAAAUCUGGUGGCAGAAGCAAUGGCACAAGUUCGAAUAAUACAUUUACAUAUCAGUUCCAUGGUGAUCCACGGGCCACCUUUGCACAAUUCUUCGGUUCCAGUAAUCCCUUCGCCUCGUUCUUCGACAUGGGUGACAACCUGUUCGAUAAGAACGUUUUCGAUUUGGAUAGAGAACAUGAUUUCUUCUCAUCACCCUUUGGUGGUUUGGGUUCUCGUCAUGGGCUUGGUGGUGCUUUUAGACCCUCUUUCAGAUCACAUUCAUUCAACGUGCAUACACCAUUCAAAAAAGAGAAACAACAAGAUCCACCCGUCGAACACGAUCUCUAUGUUACGUUGGAGGAAAUCUAUCAUGGCUGUGUAAAGAAAAUGAAAAUCUCAAGACGUGUCCAACAGCCCGAUGGAUCAUCGAAAAAGGAGGAUAAAUAUGUUAGCAUAUCGAUAAAACCCGGAUGGAAAUCGGGUACGAAGGUCACUUUCCAAAAGGAGGGUGAUCAGUCGCCGGGUAAAAUACCUUCGGAUAUUGUGUUCAUUAUACGUGAUAAGCCACAUGCCAUGUUUAAGCGUGAGGGUAGCGAUUUAAGAUAUACAGCCCGCCUUACAUUGAAACAGGUGAGUGGGAAAUUUUGAGUUUUUUU